ACAGUCAAAGAAUGAUGUCCGAAUUUAUGACGUUGACAGCUUCCUGAUGCAGAUCAUUCUUUCGUACCUUGUUGCUGUGCGAAGCCAUCACCGGCACCAACCGAACUUGUGGAUUCCAUCUUCGCGCUAGUGACUGCCUUCCCCAAACACCAAUAUGAAUCUGCAGAAAUCAUGCCACGCAUACCAACAGCGCUCCUCCGCAAAGCGCGCACGAUAGACGCGUUCCUCCCCGCUCUCCUUGCACCCUGCCGCGACCUUCACACCGCCCAGAACGAGCUGCGAUGGCUCCGCGAACACGUCGAGAAAGUUGCGAAAGCGCGUCGCGCGAAAAGAGACACGCUGGUUAAGGGCGCAUUACUGGGUCAACUGGUCAGGGAAAGAGCGAAAGGGAAGCCAUUGCAAUAUCUACUGGGCACAGAAUACUUUGGAGAUCUGGAGAUUAAGUGCAGGCCUGGGGUACUUAUACCGAGACAAGACACGGCAGCUUCAGUCACACAUCUGGCCAAACUUGUUCGAACUGCGCCAAACCUGCCCGCUGAACUACGUGUCCUGGACCUCUGCACUGGCACAGGUUGCAUCCCACUACUCUUCCGCCAUGAAUUCACUUCGAAUCGAAAGGACUUCGAUCUGCGCAUCGUCGGUAUCGACAUCUCAGACAAGAGCAUAGGCCUUGCGCACUACAAUUUACUCAAAAACGAGAGAAUCAUACAAGCAAGAGCUGGCAUGACAAACUUUGCGAAAGCAGAUGUCCUCGCAGAUCCAUUCGGAGACCUGACCAUAGGAGCACCGUUACCUGUGAGAAGUAUGUUGAACCAUAACAAAUGGGCGCCAUUCUGGGACAUACUCAUUUCGAAUCCACCGUAUAUCUCGCCUUCGGCUUACUGGAAGACCACAACGCGAUCGGUCCGCGGUUUCGAGCCAAAGCUGGCGCUUGUACCUCCACCAAAGUCGAAGUUUGACGACCGGCAGCAAGGAGACAUGUUCUACCCACGACUCCUGAAGAUUGCAGAAGAAGUUGAGGCAAAGAUCGUUCUCUUGGAAGUUGCAGACCUUGAGCAGGCGCUUCGAGUCGCACAGCUUGCGCAGAAGCUAGACGUAUUUGAUGGCAUCGAGAUCUGGAGGGACGAACCAGACGUCUCUUCAAGCCAGCCCACGAAUGAAGAUGGGUUUCAUGUCUACGGCGAAGGCAAUGCUCGCUCUGUCGUAUGUUGGCGCAGCGAAGGAGGCUCUUGGCUCGGCAAAAGCAGCUCACCAAAGCCACCAGAACUCCUACAAGACGCACCGGAAGAGACGUCAUCCAAUUCCUACUGGCCUCCAUCCUACUAUCAAAGCAACGAAGUCAACUUCAAUGCAAUGCCACGAUUCAUGUGGAAACGGCAUAUGGGAGAUCAACGCGGAAAGCCCCCGACGCGCUGGCGUACCCCUAAGACACGUUGGCGUGAACCCGCUUGAAUGGCGAACAGCACCGUACGGACGCUUAGUGUACGUUAGAGCCGUGAUUGGAUGCAUUCGGCCUCGCACGUCAUGUGCUUUCAUCGCCAACACUGAUGCGUGCCUGUCACGCGCACGUCGUACAAGGACCAAGGUCUGUCAGCACUUGUCAGAUGCAGGCUGACGCAGGGAGGGGGCCGCGA